CUCCUACACAAAUUGGGUUUAUGCAAACAUUCGUAUUUAACAGUGACACAUUUUCCAGAGCAAAUGGGGAUGGCCAGCUCUCCUGGCCAGCUUUUGGACCACAGCACUCCAUCUUCGUCUGUUGGCUAUUCUGAAUCAUCUGGAACCUGCUCUGGUCGUUCAACACCUGCUUCCGCCAAGCUCUCAAGGAGGCCCAGGGACGUCAUAAAACGCCUACAAGCAAAGGUUUCCAGUUACAGAAAGACAAUAUCAAGACUGCGCAAGCAACAGAAGCAAAUGCCUCAAACAGCUGCCGAAGCACUUGAAAUGGUGCGUCCGUUUGUGACAGACGAGGUUUUCGGACUUAUCUCGUCACAUGUAAAAUUAGGGCGCAAGGGACGAGGAAAACGGUUUCCACUGUGGCUCAAGAAGUUUGCUUUGCAUCUGAACUUUCAUGGCCCACAGGCAUACCGUUUUCUAUCGUUACAUUUAACGCUUCCCACUCAGCGUUCACUGCGUAGGUGGCUGUCGAACGUAAAAAUGACUCCUGGUAUUAUACCUGGUGUCAUGUCCUCCAUCGAAUCUCAAACGCGGUCUUGGAAUGCACGUGAUCGUGUCUGCACCUUGAUUUUUGAUGAGAUUGUUUUGAAGAAGAACUUGACAUACGACCCUGCACACGACAUUAUCCAUGGAUUUACAGAUGACGGUGUUGAACGAACCUCGACCAUUGCAGAUAGAGCCCUGGUUGUUGUGCUCUCUGGAAUUUCCAGGAGGUGGGUUCAGCCCCUCGCAUACACUGUUGGGCACACUUCAACACCGUCUUCUGUUAUCCGGAGCCUCCUGAUUUCUCUCAUUCGAGAGCUUAAGACUGUUGACUUCACUGUGAAGGCCGUGGUCUGUGAUCAGGGGGCUUCAAACGUAAGCUUAGCCAACCAACUUGGUGUAUCUGCUGAUAAGCCAUUUUUUGAAGUCGACAACGAACGUGUUUACUUUAUCUUUGAUGUUCCGCACCUCAUCAAAACAACAAGAAACAAUCUCCAAGCCCACAAACUUUGCAUUGGGGAUGAGGUCAUUGAAUGGUCCCAUAUUGUUGAACUUUAUCGUUCUACUCAUGAGAUGAGGUUGCGAUUGGCUCCAAAACUUACUGAGAGGCACAUUUUUCAAAAACCUUUCAGUAACAUGAAAGUAAAGCGUGCCACACAGGUCCUGAGUGCCUCAGUCUGUCUUGCCAUUCUAUCCCUUGUUUAUGCCAAGGAGCUUCCUGAGGCAGCCAUGGCUACAGCCUAUUUUUGUGAUAGAAUGGACAGACUUUUUGAUUGUUUAAAUAGCUCGCAAUUCAAGAAGACGGGGCAGAAGUUGCGUCAUGCAAUUUUGAAAGGAGAAUCUGAGAUACUCGAUUUCCUUCACCAACAACUCGCAUGGAUUUCAACAUGGAAGUUCCAAAGUAGGAGGCAGCCACAAACCACCAUAGGGUGGCAAGUUACAAUAAGGAGUGUCCUCAUGCUCUGGGAUGAGCUUUCAAACAGCUAUGACUUUAAAUUCUUACUUACUCGACGCCUGCAGCAAGACCCACUGGAGAACAUUUUUGGGGCAAUAAGACAAAUGCUGGGCUGCAAUACAAACCCAAAUGUGAAUCAGUUCACCUCGGGACUGAAACACAUCGGGAUAAAAAAACUGUUCAGACUCUCUAACAAUGGAAAUGUAGAGGAUGAAAAGGGUGACCUCCUCAAGGAGUUGCCAAUAUUUUCGCACCAUGAAAGUUCCAUUGCAGACAAUGUGGAAUGUUUUCCAGUUGAUAACUUCCCGCCACUAGAAGAUAUUCCUGAGCUGGCAUCAGACAUCAGGUCUAAUAUAAUUGACGACUCGUGCACUUACUACGUUGGAGGCUAUUUGAUCAAACUUUUCCUUGAACAGACAACCCGCAGCUGUGACUGUUCUAAGCUGCUAAAGGAUGAGUCUGACAACUUGACCAGGCCUCACCGGUAUUUUCUUAUGCUUAAAGCAUACCACGUGCCUGGGAAACUCUUCGGAAACCUAGUAGUACCAUCACAGGCUGCCUUUAACUUUAUUCAGAAACUAGAAAAUCACUUUCUUGCCGUAAUAGAGAGUGUAGCGCAUGUUCGAGGAGUGUGUGCUGCCUUGUAUCACACACUCUCAGAGCUGGGUGGUUUCAGCCUUUGCUCAGAGGAGUGUCACAAAAGGUUUUUAAAAAUGUUUUGCCGAAUACGCUUGUGUUGGCAUGUUCGGUUCCUUAACCGGAACUUGGUCAAAGUUCGGUUACACUCUUCGGUUGCUAGUAAGCAACUUGAUAAGUUUAACUGUUAAUAGCUUAAUAGCGU